CUUCAAAGAUUACCUUAAAGGACAAAGGUCUGUUCCUGACCCAAAUUCGUUAUUUGUUACUAAAACUUUGACUACCGCCGACCGGGUAGUUUUUAUCGAAAAAACCAACAAAAUCGACGGCCGUUGCUUCGCUUUACUCCACGACGGAUUAGAAAGCAGAUUCUGCACGGCACUUUUGAGCGAUAAUAACGACCUGACCGACCUUAAAUUCAUCUUGGCUGGUGGCCACUCCAAUGAUAUGAGUAUACCGAGCAAGUUACAGACAAAGAUUAAAUUGAUUGACGCUGCCGAGCGUGAAGAAAUUGUUGACUCGAUGAGGGCACAGCAACUUAGAGAUCAGUUACCAUAUAAACCAGAGUUCACUAAUCAGGAGAUUUUUGAGCUCAAAAAACGCCACACCCCUAUCACAAAAGUUGUACUUCAUGAUCACGCCCCACUUAUCAACUCCCCAUCGGUUAAUGCCACCUCAAUUCAACCCGAAACUAGCAAAGCCAAAAGUGUCAAGGUCCCAAUUCACCUACCCCCCGUCAACGUGGACUACCUCAAUCACUAUUACCUAGAAAAACUGAAACUCGCAGAAGAGCGGGAAAAGUUUAUACCUAAGCUUGGCUAUACUGAACAAUUUGACGACACUAAACCGUUCACCUCAGUCUUCCCUCAUCACUCUAACAAAGAUGAG